GGUUCCCAAAGCUGCGCGGUGGCCCCACCCCCGGAGGUCCGGUUGGAGGAAGAGCUAGUCUCCCGCGGCGCCCCAGUGACAAAGCCCAGACCUGGGUGCGGGAGGUGGGGGAGCGAGGGCGGAGGAUUUCGGUCUCUGGGGGUGCGGGAUCUUGACGCGCCCCCGUGCCUCAGAGGCUCUCAGUUUCGGAUCCAAGUACGGUGAUGGCCAAGCUUACUCCGGCUGCCUGUCAAAUCAAAACUGUCACAGAAUAAAUCCCGCUGCCUGCUGCGAAGCCCCGGUGCACUGCAAACUUAAGCGAACUGGGUGAUCGGUGACUGGAUAUGCAGAUCGCUGGUUCAGAAGGGGUGAACUCCCCGAGAGCCUCUCCCGGGGACCGAAGCCCGUAGGUGCAGUGAGGCGGUCGCGCGCGGGUGCCAGCGCCCCCGAAGCCGCCGCGCACAGGGGGGGAGCGAGGCGCCCGGCGGGGUCUGGAGGCCGCGCACCGGCUGCGGAGCCUGGUCUCCCGCGGCGGCAGCGGAUGAUGGUGGCGGCCGGCGCGCCGCGCUGUGCCUGUGCGUCGCCGCGGAGCUCGGCGCCGGGCGCCGCACGCUGAGCCCCUGCAGGUCCGCCGCAGCCGAGCGGGGCGAGCACGGACCCGCGCAGGGGCGCCCGACCCGCGCGCGGGCAGGGGGCGGGGCGCAGCGGGGUCGGCGUAUCAUGGCGGAUCGGACGGCUCCGGGCUGCCAGCUCCGGCUGGAGUGGGUGUACGGGUACCGGGGGCACCAGUGCCGCAACAACCUGUACUACACGGCCGGCAAGGAGGUGGUCUACUUUGUGGCUGGCGUCGGAGUGGUGUACAGCACCCGCGAGCACAGCCAGAAAUUCUUCCUGGGACACAACGACGACAUCAUCAGCCUUGCCUUACACCCCAACAAAACUUUGAUUGCAACUGGCCAGGUUGGGAAGGAGCCGUAUAUAUGCAUAUGGGAUUCUUACAAUGUUCAGACUGUGUCUAUUCUUAAGGAUGUCCAUACGCACGGAGUUGCCUGCCUGGCUUUUGACUCAGAUGGACAGCGUUUAGCCUCUGUGGGAUUAGAUGCCAAAAACACAGUCUGCAUCUGGGACUGGAGAAAGGGAAAACUUCUGGCUUCCGCCACUGGCCAUUCUGAUCGGAUUUUUGAUAUUUCCUGGGAUCCAUAUCAGCCAAACAGAGUGGUUAGCUGUGGAGUAAAACAUAUAAAGUUUUGGACACUAUGUGGAAAUGCCCUGACUGCAAAAAGAGGAAUAUUUGGCAAAACUGGAGAUCUUCAGACCAUCCUUUGCCUUGCAUGUGCCAAAGAAGAUAUCACCUAUUCUGGUGCUUUAAACGGUGACAUCUAUGUCUGGAAAGGGCUCAAUUUAGUCCGCACCAUUCAAGGAGCACACAGUGCUGGAAUCUUCAGUAUGUAUGCUUGUGAAGAAGGCUUUGCCACUGGUGGGCGAGAUGGUUGUAUACGAUUGUGGGACAUGGAUUUUAAACCAAUAACCAAAAUUGAUCUCAGGGAGACAGAACAAGGAUAUAAAGGCCUUUCUAUCCGGAGCGUGUGCUGGAAAGCAGACCGCCUCCUUGCAGGGACCCAGGACAGUGAGAUAUUUGAAGUGAUGGUGCGAGAGCGAGACAAGCCAAUGCUGAUCCUGCAGGGCCACUGUGAGGGGGAGCUCUGGGCUCUGGCCCUGCACCCCAAGAAGCCCCUGGCCGUGACGGGCAGUGACGACCGCUCUGUCAGACUGUGGAGCCUGGCUGACCAUGCCUUGAUUGCUCGCUGUAACAUGGAAGAGGCGGUUCGAAGUGUUGCCUUCAGCCCCGACGGGUCUCAGUUGGCCCUGGGUAUGAAGGAUGGGUCUUUCAUUGUUCUCCGAGUUAGAGAUAUGACAGAAGUAGUUCAUAUCAAAGAUCGGAAAGAAGUCAUUCAUGAAAUGAAAUUUUCUCCAGAUGGUUCCUACCUUGCAGUAGGAUCCAAUGAUGGCCCAGUAGAUGUCUAUGCUGUUGCCCAGAGGUAUAAGAAAAUCGGAGAAUGUAACAAGUCCAUCAGUUUCAUUACGCACAUUGACUGGUCAUUGGACAGUAAAUACUUGCAAACCAAUGAUGGUGCUGGAGAACGAUUGUUCUACAAAAUGCCAUCUGGGAAGCCUUUAACAAGUAAAGAAGAAAUUAAAGGGAUUCCCUGGGCUUCCUGGACAUGUGUUAAAGGCCCUGAAGUGAGUGGGAUUUGGCCCAAAUAUACUGAAGUUACUGACAUCAAUUCAGUAGAUGCAAAUUACAACAGCUCGGUGUUGGUGUCUGGAGAUGAUUUUGGGCUGGUCAAGUUGUUUAAAUUUCCUUGUCUCAAGAAAGGAGCCAAAUUCAGAAAAUAUGUGGGCCAUUCUGCACACGUCACAAAUGUCCGCUGGUCUCAUGACUUUCAGUGGGUGUUAAGCACAGGAGGGGCCGACCACUCGGUUUUCCAGUGGAGGUUUAUUCCAGAAGGUGUCAGCAAUGAUAUGCUUGAAACGGCACCCCAGGAAGGUGGCACUGAUUCCUACAGUGAAGAAUCUGAUUCAGAUUUAUCUGAUGUGCCUGAGUUGGACUCUGAUAUUGAGCAAGAAACCCAAAUCAAUUAUGACCGGCAGGUUUACAAAGAAGAUCUACCUCAGCUAAAGCAACAGAGUAAGGAGAAAAACCAUGCAGUGCCCUUCCUCAAACGGGAGAAGGCCCCUGAGGACAGCCUGAAGCUGCAGUUCAUACACGGUUACAGAGGCUACGAUUGCAGAAACAAUCUGUUCUACACGCAAACCGGAGAGGUGGUCUACCACAUCGCUGCAGUUGCUGUUGUGUACAACAGGCAACAGCACUCCCAGAGGCUGUACCUGGGCCACGAUGAUGACAUCCUUAGCCUCACCAUUCACCCAGUGAAGGACUAUGUGGCCACUGGACAGGUUGGAAGAGAUGCUGCCAUUCAUGUGUGGGACACACAGACUCUGAAAUGCUUGUCACUGCUAAAAGGACAACAUCAGAGAGGAGUGUGUGCGCUGGAUUUUUCAGCCGAUGGAAAAUGUCUGGUGUCGGUUGGUUUAGACGAUUUUCACAGUAUUGUAUUUUGGGACUGGAAAAAGGGAGAAAAGAUAGCCACCACCAGAGGACAUAAAGAUAAAAUAUUUGUGGUAAAGUGUAACCCCCAUCACGUUGACAAACUGGUUACAGUUGGGAUUAAGCACAUCAAAUUCUGGCAACAAGCAGGUGGUGGUUUCACCUCUAAAAGAGGAAUCUUUGGAGGUGUUGGAAAACUGGAGACAAUGAUGUGUGUCUCUUACGGGAGAAUGGAAGAUCUGGUGUUCUCAGGAGCAGCUACUGGAGAUAUUUUUAUUUGGAAAGACAUUCUACUACUAAAGACAGUGAAAGCUCAUGAUGGGCCUGUGUUUGCUAUGUAUGCAUUAGAUAAGGGCUUUGUAACAGGUGGGAAGGAUGGAAUCGUCGAGCUCUGGGAUGAUAUGUUUGAAAGAUGCUUGAAGACUUACGCCAUUAAAAGAGCAGCAUUGUCAACUAGCUCAAAAGGCCUACUUUUGGAAGAUAACCCUUCAAUCCGUGCCAUUACUCUGGGACAUGGACAUAUCCUGGUAGGAACAAAAAAUGGAGAGAUUCUGGAAAUUGGUAAAAGUGGCCCAAUGACACUACUUGUUCAGGGGCACAUGGAAGGAGAAGUCUGGGGGCUGGCAGCUCACCCUCUCCUACCCAUCUGUGCGACAGUCAGUGAUGAUAAAACCCUUCGGAUUUGGGAAUUAUCUUCCCAGCACCGUAUGCUGGCAGUGCGGAAACUCAAGAAAGGGGGAAGAUGCUGCGCGUUCUCCCCAGAUGGGAAAGCCCUAGCGGUCGGCUUAAACGAUGGGAGUUUCCUGGUGGUGAAUGCUGACACUGUUGAAGACAUGGUCUCUUUUCAUCACAGAAAAGAAAUGAUUUCUGAUAUUAAAUUUUCAAAAGAUACAGGAAAGUAUCUUGCUGUAGCAUCUCAUGAUAACUUUGUGGAUAUUUACAACGUACUUACAAGCAAGAGGGUUGGCAUCUGUAAAGGAGCUUCUAGCUACAUUACACAUAUUGACUGGGAUUCUCGAGGAAAAUUAUUGCAAGUUAAUUCAGGUGCCAAAGAACAACUUUUUUUUGAAGCUCCAAGAGGAAAAAGGCAUAUUAUAAGGCCCUCGGAGAUGGAGAAGAUAGAGUGGGACACAUGGAGCUGUGUCCUGGGGCCCACCUGUGAGGGAAUCUGGCCCGCGCACAGCGAUGUGACUGACGUCAAUGCUGCCAGUCUGACCAAAGACCGCUCCCUCUUAGCCACUGGAGACGACUUCGGUUUUGUCAAGCUUUUUUCAUAUCCUGUCAAGGGACAGCAUGCAAGAUUCAAGAAGUAUGUGGGGCACAGUGCGCACGUCACCAACGUGAGGUGGCUGCACAAUGACUCCGUGCUACUGACAGUGGGCGGCGCUGACACGGCCUUGAUGAUCUGGACCAGGGAGUUUGUGGGGACCCAGGAGAGCAAGCUGGUAGACAGCGAGGAGUCCGACACCGAUGCGGAGGAGGACGGAGGCUAUGACAGCGAUGUUGCCAGAGAGAAGGCCAUUGACUACACCACCAAGAUCUAUGCCGUGAGCAUCAGGGAAAUGGAAGGCACCAAACCACACCAGCAGCUGAAGGAAGCGUCGGUGGAGGAAAGACCGCCUGUUAGCCGUGCAGCUCCUCAGCCCGAGAAACUCCAGAAGAACAACAUCAUCAAAAAAAAGAAGCUGGUUGAGGAGCUGGCUCUGGACCACGUGUUUGGCUACAGAGGAUUCGACUGCCGCAACAACCUGCAUUACCUUAAUGACGGUGCUGACAUCAUCUUCCACACAGCAGCGGCUGGCGUUGUUCAGAACCUCGCCACAGGCAGCCAGAGCUUCUACCUGGAGCACACGGAUGACAUCCUUUGCCUCACAGUGAACCAGCACCCCAAAUACAGAAAUGUGGUGGCCACCAGCCAGAUAGGUGAUACCACGGAAACCCCAGGAACAACACCUUCGAUCCACAUAUGGGACGCCAUGACCAAACACACCCUCUCCAUGCUGCGGAGCUUUCACUCCAAAGGGGUGAACUACAUCAACUUCAGUGCCACCGGAAAGCUCCUGGUGGCCGUGGGCGUGGACCCUGAGCACACCAUCACUGUCUGGCGAUGGCAGGAAGGUGCCAAGGUUGCCAGUCGAGGGGGCCACCUGGAGCGCAUAUUUGUGGUAGAAUUUCGCCCUGACUCUGACACACAGUUUGUGUCUGUUGGGGUCAAACACAUGAAGUUCUGGACUCUGGCAGGCAGUGCACUGCUUUACAAGAAAGGGGUCAUCGGGUCCAUGGAGGCCGCCAAGAUGCAGACGAUGCUGUCCGUGGCCUUCGGUGCUAAUAAUCUCACUUUCACGGGUGCCAUCAAUGGAGAUGUCUAUGUCUGGAAGGACCACUUUCUCAUACGGUUGGUGGCCAAGGCUCACACAGGCCCUGUGUUUACAAUGUAUACCACUCUUCGGGAUGGACUCAUUGUGACUGGAGGCAAAGAGCGGCCGACCAAAGAAGGAGGUGCUGUCAAACUGUGGGACCAGGAGAUGAAGCGCUGCCGGGCCUUUCAGCUGGAGACAGGGCAGCUGGUGGAGUGUGUGCGCUCCGUGUGCCGAGGCAAAGGGAAAAUUUUAGUAGGAACCAAAGAUGGAGAAAUAAUUGAAGUUGGUGAAAAAAAUGCUGCUUCCAACAUUCUGAUUGAUGGACACAUGGAGGGGGAGAUCUGGGGCCUUGCCACACACCCCUCCAAGGACAUCUUCAUCUCUGCCAGCAACGAUGGCACCGCCCGGAUCUGGGACCUGGCCGACAAGAAGCUGCUCAACAAGGUAAACCUAGGCCAUGCAGCCAGGUGUGCAGCCUACAGCCCUGAUGGGGAGAUGGUGGCCAUUGGUAUGAAGAAUGGCGAGUUUGUCAUCUUGUUGGUGAACAGCUUGAAAAUUUGGGGGAAAAAACGAGACCGAAAAUCUGCCAUCCAAGAUAUCAGAAUCAGCCCAGACAACCGAUUCUUAGCUGUUGGUUCUUCUGAGCACACAGUUGACUUCUACGACCUCACUCAGGGAACAAGUCUGAACCGCAUUGGCUACUGCAAAGACAUCCCAAGCUUUGUCAUUCAGAUGGAUUUUUCUGCGGAUAGUAAAUAUAUUCAGGUGUCAACAGGAACCUACAAACGCCAGGUUCAUGAGGUGCCCCUGGGGAAGCAGGUAACCGAAGCCGUGGUCAUUGAGAAGAUCACCUGGGCUUCCUGGACAAGCACCCUGGGAGACGAGGUCAUUGGAAUCUGGCCACGAAAUGCAGACAAGGCUGAUGUCAACUGCGCAUGUGUGACCCAUGCUGGCCUGAAUAUUGUCACAGGAGACGAUUUUGGGCUGGUGAAGCUCUUUGAUUUUCCAUGCACAGAAAAAUUUGCCAAACAUAAGCGAUACUUUGGUCACUCUGCUCAUGUGACGAAUAUUCGUUUCUCUUAUGAUGACAAGUACGUGGUUAGCACUGGUGGAGACGACUGCAGUGUGUUUGUGUGGCGAUGUCUGUAAGCACCAGGACGCUCUUCUGAUGCUGCUGCUGCUACUGUCACCCCAGCAAGCGCUGAGGCCACCUUGCCCCAGCUGCGGGGAAAUACCUACCGUGCUGCAGGGACGCACAUACUCCAAGCGCUGGUGACGUUUUUGUGUAUGACUGCUCCCGUGAUCUGGACUCUUGGAAGAAGGUAAAGUUCUAAAAUGUUAACAAUACUUGCCUGUUUCUGACACUAAAAACUAUACAUGCGUUCUACAUUGAGGAAGAAGUCCUAUCUGAUGAUGUAGCCCACUGACAAAAUUUAAAGCCUCAGUUACUCUAACCAGUAUGUAGCUUUUAAUUUGCAUCAAAACUUUUCCAAAAGAUGUUUUGCUAUUGUUUCUAUGUAUUUCAAGAAUGUUCAUUUUUACAAAUAAGUUGAACAAUAACUUGCAUUACAUGCACCAGAAGUACAAGAAAUACAGCUGUUCUUUAAUUUAGCUUUCAAAACCAAAUGAGCCAUGUAUAAACAAGUUGAGAAACUUAAUUUUUAAAUGUUUCAUUUGCAGUUUUAUAUCCAUUAAGUGCCUUUCAGAGUUUCCAGUUGUGUAGGCUGCUAUUUCACCUCCACAAAUUAUCUCCUUUCUGCAUAUGGUGCUAAAACUUCCAAACUGAGGGGGCUACAGGACCCUUAGCUAAUUCACAGUCUUGUCACCUGUGUCCUGGGUUCAUGUCAAGCCUUUCUGAAUAAGAGAAAUCAGUUACCUGCUUGGGUAAACAUGAUGGUAAGGAAGUUGAGCGGCAAAGGAACUUAAGUUUGGCAGGGAGUAGAAUGGAUUUUCAUUGUGUUAGUGCCAAACCUGCAAAAACCCAAAACAGAAUUCAAACAGAAGCAAACCACUACUACAAAACAGAAGAAACGGACAACUACAUCCAAGAUGGAUGUGUUGAUUUAUCUUGCUAAAUCUUAAAAUUAAGGUGAUCCGAGACUACACCUUGGCAUACCACCCCCAAAGUGGGGUUGAUUUGACUUCUUUAAUUUGUAUCAGGUCAACUAUGUAAGUCUACAUUUAAAACAAACAAAAAAUCCCCGGGGGAACCAAUUCCUAAACGCAAGGAAUAUUUAAUAAACCAAAA